AUGGAUCCGGCACAACGCUCGCGCAUCAUUAGCAUUCUCUCGGAGAUUCCCCCACCAACUCCCGCUCUGUUCUGCAGGUACAGGCUCACUACUAUGCCUUCGAAAUCAUUCCCAACGCGGCAUUUACACACUCUCAAAACACAUAAUGCUCCGGUUAAUGCGGUGACUUUCUCCAGUUAUCCAGGCACAUAUGUGCUUACAGGUUCCUCCGAUCGCGCCAUCCAUCUGUCACGAGCUGUUCCAAACAAUGCGGAAAAGUCCCAAGAGACAAUUGAAACUACAUCUCCGAUUCAAAAGUACGAGGCACAUGGCUACUCUGUCCUCGACGUAGCUGUCGCCGCAGACAAUUCGCGCUUCGCCAGCGUAGGAGGCGACCGACAAGUUUUCUUAUGGGACGUCGAGCAAGGCAUCACAACCAGAAGAUGGGGCGGGCAUACAAGCAGGAUUGGGGCAGUACAAUUUGCUGGCGAGGGUGAUUCAGUGGUAGUUUCUGGUAGUGCAGACACCACCGUGAAUCUCUGGGAUACGCGCACCAGAGAUCAAAAGCCCAUCCAAUCCCUCACCGAGGCAACCGAUACCGUCUCUAGUCUCCACGUCCACAUGCCCUCUUAUUCAAUCGCCAGUGGAAGUUAUGAUGGUCAUGUCCGAGUUUACGAUGUGCGAAUGGGGAAAGCAACCGACGAUGUCCUAGCCUACCCGGUAACAAGCGUUCGAUGCUCAGCGGAUGGCAAUGCGGUCCUUGCUUCCACGCUAGAUAGCUAUAUCCGCAUGCUAGAUCGAUCGAAUGGAAGUCUGCUUGCAGCGUUUGGGGGUCCGGCAAAAGAGAAAACUCCAUUCGUGGACGGCAGUCAAUCUCGUCAUUCAUAUCGCAAUUCUGAACUACGUGUUCGCUCUACCUUUGCGCAGGGCGACGCUGUUGUUCUUAGUGGUAGUGAAGCUGCGAAGAAUGAUGAUGAAGGACUGGGCGCUGCGGUCUUUGCUUGGGAUAUACUCAGUGGUGAGACUGUUGCUGUGGUGCCAAUGGGCGAGAAAGUCAAGGUUGUCAGUUGUGUGGCAUGGAAUGAGAAGGGGUUUUGGGCUGGUGGUUGCUCGGAUGGUAAGUGGCCCGUCGACAUGGCUCAAAAGGAGUUUCCAAUGUACGCCUUAUUAACACAUUGA